CUAAGAAUAAAUUUUAAACGCACUUGGUAUCCAGAACUAUGUGUUUUUGAAACACAUUUUUCCACAAAAAAACAAGAUUCACCAUCGGCGAAUCCUGCUAAUCAAUGGGGACUCUUGAUCCCUUUACAUUCAACCACUGGUCUGUCUUUUGGUACAAUAUUAGGGAAAGCUUUCUUUAAAACAUCAGGUAAACCUAAGUUUAAAGAAGCUUUUAAACUAAAAAUAUCUAAAAGACCUUUACUAGUUAAAUGCUCUUUACGGAGCAUUAAG